GUGGGUGGGGCUUCGAAGAAAAAAAAGCUAGCCGCUAGCUCCUAGCCUCCCGGUGCUGCAGGAUCUGGUUCUAGUCUCUAGCCGAUCAACAUGGUCCAACUAGUGGGUUCCCUCCGAAAAGACCUCGCCGACUCACUUUCCACCUGCAGCGUGCUGGUGGUCGGGGCAGGCGGGAUCGGCUGCGAGCUGCUGAAGAACCUCGUCCUCACCGGCUUCAAGAACAUCGAAGUGAUUGACUUGGACACGAUUGAUGUCAGCAACCUGAACCGUCAGUUCCUCUUCCAGAAGAAGCAUGUUGGCAAGUCUAAAGCACAGGUGGCAAAGGAGAGUGCCUUGCAGUUCUGUCCCAGUGCCAACAUCACUGCCUACCACGACAGCAUCAUGAACCCCGACUACAACGUGGAGUUCUUCAGAAAGUUCAUGCUGGUGAUGAACGCUCUAGAUAACAGAGCUGCUCGUAACCACGUGAACAGGAUGUGUUUGGCGGCCGAUAUCCCUCUGAUAGAGAGCGGCACUGCUGGUUACCUGGGACAAGUCACCGUUAUCAAGAAGGGAAUGACCGAGUGCUACGAGUGCCAACCUAAGCCCACACAGAAAACCUUCCCAGGAUGCACCAUAAGAAACACGCCGUCUGAGCCCAUUCACUGCAUCGUCUGGGCCAAAUAUCUCUUCAAUCAACUGUUCGGAGAAGAGGACGCCGAUCAGGAGGUGUCCCCCGAUACAGCAGACCCAGAGGCAGCAUGGAAUCCUGAAGACACGGCGGCUCGGGCCACGGCCUCAGAAAAGGACGGAGACAUCAGGCGCGUCUCCACCAAGGAAUGGGCUCGCUCCACCGGAUACGACUCGGUCAAACUCUUCAACAAGCUUUUCAAAGACGACAUCAUGUACCUGUUGACUAUGGACAAGCUCUGGAAGAAGAGGAAAGCGCCUACACCUCUGGACUGGCAUCAGCUAGAGAACAGUGCGUGUCCUCAGGAGGAGGCUCCAGCGUCCGGUCUGAAGGAUCAGCAGGUUCUGGGUGUUUGGGGUUACUGCCAGCUGUUCCAACACAGCGUGGAGACUCUGCGCUCACAGCUGCAGGAGAAGGGCGAAGGCGCUGAGCUGGUCUGGGACAAGGAUGACCCUCCAGCCAUGGACUUUGUCACUGCAGCAGCCAACCUACGUAUGCACAUCUUCAGCAUGAACAUGAAGAGCCGCUUUGAUGUGAAGUCGAUGGCAGGUAACAUCAUCCCGGCUAUUGCUACAACCAACGCUGUCAUCGCUGGACUCAUUGUGCUGGAGGGGCUCAAGAUCCUGUCUGGGGAACUGGAAUCCUGCCGCACGAUCUUCCUCAACAAGUGUCCCAACCUCAGGAAGAAGCUGCUGGUCCCCUGCAUCCUGGACCCGCCCAGCGCCAACUGCUACGUCUGCGCCAGCAAACCCGAAGUCACGGUGAAACUCAACGUCCACAAAACCACAGUCCUCUGUCUGCAGGACAGGAUUCUGAAGGAGAGGUUCGGCAUGGUGGCUCCAGAUGUUCAGAUAGAAGACGGAAAAGGAACAAUCCUCAUCUCCUCAGAGGAAGGAGAGACAGAAGCCAACAACAGCAAAUUUCUCUCUGACUUUGGGAUCCGUAAUGGCAGCCGCCUCCAAGUCGACGACUUCCUCCAAGACUACACACUCCUCGUUAAUGUCCUGCACACUGAGGAACUAGAACGGGAUGUAGAGUUUGAGGUGGUAGGCGAAGCCCCAGACAAAGCUCCGCCCCCUCAGACUAAGCAGGAAGACGUCAACAGCAUCACCAACGGCAACAAGGACUCUGCCCAGCCGUCCACGUCCUCUAAAGCUCCAGCAGAGGACGACGACAUCAUGAUCGUCGACUCCGAUGAGGAGGAAGGGGCAGCGUCCAGCUCUGCGGCUGCGAGCAGCGGCACGAAGAGGAAGCACUCGAACGCAGACAGUGGCGAGACGUCCACCAAGCGCCCUCGGACAGACGAGUCAGCAGCAGCAGCAGCAGCAGCAGCAGCAGCCAACGACGACGACGAUGACAUAAUCGCUCUGGACUAAACCCGUCCAUCCCUUCCUAGUCUCCUGAAGGACUGAGGCCUCUUUGAACGCUUGUCGUUUUGACUCGAGAGACAUUAGGCUUAAACAAAACACCUCUUUUAUGAAGAAGAAUUUACUGCCCUGGUUCGUCUUUAGUCACUUCCUGUUUGUGCUUUCAUACUCCCUCCGCUCUCUUGACGUGACGCUGUAAAUAGACUCCACGUUUUAAAAAGUUUUGGAAAGACACACCAUCAUCCUCUCCUGUUAUUUUUAUUCAUUUCUGGACCGUAUUAAAUGCUUCUCUCGAUGUUUAGAGUAAAAAGAGAAAAAAAAGAGAAAGAAAAAGUGCUUUUUUGUAUUUUUUUUAUAAACGUACUGUAUUUCACAUGCUACACAAGUCAGGGUGAUUUUUGUGCUUUGUUGUCAAGUUUCAAAAGAAUACGAUUUAAAACCAAAACAUCUUGGAUUGUAACUUUUGGUCUGAGCUGUUGUCGUGUGGAAGGCCGACCUCUGGCUGCCUACCUGCCCGUCGGUGCUGUUGAUAUCUGUGACCGGGUCGGUAAAGCACUGAUGGAGAGUUGGUGGCCAGUUUGUGCCAUGGGGGUGUUAGUUUGCUACCUCUUUUCUAGAGCUAACAUGUUUUUGGCUGCAGCUUUGUAAUCAACGAUGCCCUCCAGGACUUUUUCCAUAGUGGGGCGUCCAGCUCUAAAACGUUAAAUUAAAACACAGGAGCUAACGUGCCUCCUCGUGAAAACAAAACUGAACUGUACCCUUUGAAACGGCUUGAGGGGGAUGCUAAGCUCAAGCGGCUUACGCCCAGGUUACCAGUAGUUAAAUGUAAACAUGUAACAAUUGCUUUAUGUCACUUUUGAGACGGUUCGUGAAAACAAGAGCAGAGAUGGAGCGUCAGUUUGUUCUCGUACCUACUGCAGAGGUUAAACUGGACUUGGAUCUAGCAGCAGUCGAGUCCUGCACUUAAAUAGCAUUUAAGAAAAAGAAAAAAAAGACUGACUUUAAGUGUAGUGUUUGAGCUCCUGCUCCAGUCUAAUCCUUCAGUGUCCAUAUUUUCAUAUUUCAUUGUGAGCUGACUUGUUGAAAGGCUUUGAGAGCCACUUUGGACCAAUUUGAUGAAGACAAUAAACUCACCUAUUACAGA